AUGUGGUUGAUCGACUUUCUCAAUUGGGUUGCGAGCUACUCACCAUGUGCAAAACCGAAAGUUCCAGCUGUUCUGAAACAGCAAAAUAAAUUCGAGCCAAUAAGAAAACUCGGAAAAGGAACGUUCGGAGAAGUUUGGCUCGUACGUCAGAAAGCGAGCCUAAACUACCUGUGCGCAAUAAAAUAUGUUCCUGGUAGUAGAGUUGAACAAGUUCACACCAACCGAGAGAUCUCUAUUCAUCUGACUUGUCACGGCCACCAAAACGUCAUCAGAAUUCAUAGCCAUCAAAUGAUAAGAGAUGAUUGUCUGAUAGUUGAAGAAUACGCCAAUAACGGAACACUCCACAGCAGAAUCUGCUCUGGUUAUCUCACAAUUGAUUUGGUUCAGCGUUAUUUCAAACAACUGAUAGCUGGCUUGAGAUACAUACAUGAGAAAGGAAUUGUCCAUCAUGACAUCAAACCAAGAAAUCUGCUACUUUCGGUAGACAACGUUCUGAAAAUUGCCGAUUUUGGAUGUUCUAGCCGUUUUCGAGUUUAUGGAAAGUUAAAGUUGAUUACUCAAGCAGUGGGAACAACAAAAUUCUGGCCCCCUGAAUGUUUCGGAAGGUAUGCAUACCAUGCCCAACCAGUUGACAUAUGGUCAGCCGGAAUAGUCCUGUAUUACAUGGUUGCUCGUGAAGUUCCAUGGAAUGCUGCUUCAGAAAAAUGCUAUAAUUACAAUCGCUGGAAACUUCAUCAAACUUUCAAUAAGCAAGUUCUAUGUGUUAAAAACAACGAAGAGAUUCAAAAAACUCUCGGAAGAGUUCUCGAGACUGAUCCAUGCCAACGAGCCACUUUGGCAGAUAUCGAAAAUAGCGAAUUUCAUAAAUGUGUAUAUGCUCGUUACUAA